AUGGCUACGCAAGAUCACCUCCACCUCCACCUCCACGAACAACACCACAAACAGAGCUAUGAAGAGCUGCUUUGCUCUUAUUUAGGCAUAAGUUUCGCAAUCUUUCUAGGGUUCCUUCCUAAACAAUCGCUUGCUUUGGUCACAUCUCUCCAAAGUCAUGACGAAUCACUCUCUAAAAGGCUGUUACAAGCAGAAGAACAACUCGAGCAGCUAUACUCGCGAAGAAAGGAGGAUUCCAAAGCGAAUGCUAGGGUUGUUGAGAUAUUCGCUAGCCACCGCCACGGAUGGCAGCAAGAAGAGAAACGCCUCCUCCGUCAGAUCGACGAAAACGUGGAGGAGAUUGCGAAUUUGAGGGCUAAAGUGGAGGACCUCGAGAUUAGGGUUGAUGAGUUGAAAAGGGAAGUGAGUGAGAGAGACGAGUUGUUGAAUUUUAUGACGAAUAGGGAGGAUGAUGGCGGAGGAUACGGUGGCGACGGUGAUGGAGAAUUCUAUGGAGAAAUGUUGGGGUCUAGGUAUGGGAAAUUAAGGGUUUCAGAUGAGGGGAUUAACCAUAACCAUAACCAUAACCAUAAGCAUGAUAUCAAUUACGAGUUUUCCAAUUCCGACGUUUCCAAGUUCAUGGCAGAAAGAUCAAAUCUUUGGCAGGGUGUACAAUAUGAACCUGUUGAACAAGUUCAUGAUUUGAAGCACUAUGUAACAAGGAGAGAAUCCCCUUGGAAGGUGGAUGGUGAUUCAUCCGGGGUUUCUGCAAAACUAAAAUUGCUGGAACAAGAGCUUCAAAAUUUGGAAAAUAUCGGAUCAAAUGAUUUGUUAAAAGUCCCAUCAUUAAUGAGAAAACAAGCAAAAAGAUAUCAAGCUCUAUCCGGAAAAAUCGAUGAUCUUUGCAGAAGAAUGCAGGAGAAUGAUCCUUGUGAACCAAAUGCGGGUUUAGAGUUUCGAACACAGAGACAAACGGAGUUUUUACUAGAAGCACUUCGGCUUCAACAGCGUGCGUCUGAAACGGGUCAGAAGUUGAUGGCAUUGCAAACAGAAACAGGGAAUUGGAACGGGUGUAAUUAUGGUAAUGAUUUGGUGGAAGGGCGUGCACGAUUAACCACUAGACUCGCGUUAAACUCCAUAAGAAAUAAUUUCAGGGAUAUUCAGAGAAAUUUGGAGAUAUGGUUAGCCAGAAUCAUUGGUGAUGUUGAAGGGAUUUUGGCUAGAGAUGGGGCUUCGCGUGUCAAUGAGUAUUAUAUUUCUCCAAGAUACCCUUUUGUUCAACACGAACGAUUCUAAUUAUUACUUUUUUUUUUUUUUGGUUUGAUGAAUUUAAAAUCGAUUGAUUCAUGGC